AUGGAUGUAUUGACUGAAAUAAAACAAACCCAGGAUACCUUAAAUGUACUUGGGUUCAAACCAACAGUCAACUUUUCAGAGGAGCCCAGCGAAGAUCUACAGAUUGGAACACCAUUUGUUAACUGUUACCCUGUUGUCAUCGCAUUCUACGUCUUCUGUAGCUUUGGCGUGUUUGGAAAUUGUGUGACAGUUUUCAUUGUGUGCCGGCACGGCCUCAACACGACAACCAACAUCCUUCUAUGUUCUCUUUCUGUGUCAGACUUAACUUUUUCAAUAUGCAACAUUGUUGAAUACUACAAUAUGAAAUACUCAGAGACUCUCAACAUGGAGACGAUAUUAAAAAGCAAGUCAUCCCGUUAUAUUUUACAUUUGAUUUAUGAUCUGAGCUUAUCUUUCAGCUACCACAUUGUGGCUUUGAUUUCUAUUGAGAGACUGUUAGCAGUUUCUUUACCCUUCUCUGUCUCCAAAUUCAGCACUCCACAUCGUAUCAAAUGUGUCAUCAUUUUGUUAUUUCUCUACGUGGCCGCUGUCGGCUCUUCAGAGAACAACAUCACAUAUUACUACCAGAACAAAAUAUUCACUAACAACGAUAUGACGAUGUCAGGAUUGACAGGCAUCGUGCGGACUCGUAUUGUCUUCAUCGUGUACAGGCUGACCUUUGUGUCCACUGUUCCACUGACCACAGUAUUCCUGUGUACGUCACUCACCAUCAUCAAGUUGGUGAUGACGUCAAGGAAAAUGAAAAACCUAAACAACAACAAGCGGAUGUCCAAAACGAUCAAGAACAUGAGGGUGAUCAAGAUGUUGGUGAUGCUACAGCUGGGGGAUAUAUCCAGCAGCUAUGCUCUGAGAGUUUCACCUUGA